AUGCAAAAACUUUUGGCGGUUGCAAAUGAAUCUUUUCUAGUGUACAAACACAAAAGAAACAAAAGGAGCCGCAGCUACGAGCAGCAGCAGCAGCAGCAGCAGCAGCAGCAGGCCUUGCGGAAGCAGCGCAGCAGAAGCAGCAGCAGCAGCAGCAGGCCUUGCGGAAGCAGUGCAGCAGCAGCAGCAGCAGCACCAAGAAGAGUAGCGUUGGGAAAAGCUGCAGCAGCAAGAAAAGGAGCAGCGGCCGCAAAAGCAGCGGCGGAAGGGCAAACAGCAGCAGCACGAAAAGCAGCAGCAGCAGCAACAACAGCAGCAGAAACACAUGCAGCAGCAGCAAGAAGAGCAGCAGCAGCCUCAGCAGCAGCAAAGAACAGCAGCGACGUUAGCGACAAAAGCAGCAGCAGCACGAACAGCAGGAACAAGAUCAACAUUAACAGCAGCAGCAACACAGGCAGCAGCAGCAGCAGCAGCAAGAAGUGCAGCAACAGCCACAAGAAGAGAUGCCCAAGCAGCAGCAAGAAAAGCAGCACCAGCAGCAAGAAAGGCAGGAGCAGCAGCAGCAGCAGCAGCAGGACGGGAGCAGCAGCAGCUGCAGCAAAAGAUGCAGAAGCAGCAGCAGCCUAA